AUGAACGAUUCCGAAAGGUGUGUUAACACUAUUAUUAUUAAAAAUCUACCAAAAGAUUAUACAGAAAAUCAACUUGAAAAACUUUUUUCAAAAUUUGGUCGUAUUACAUCAAGUACAAUCUUACCAAUUGAUUCGAAUUUAGAAGGUAGUUAUGGUUUUAUUAAUUAUGCUGAACCAGAAAGCUGUACUGAAGCUGUUGAGAAGAUGAAUAACUAUGUUAUUGAUCAAUUUACUUUAUAUGUUAAUCAUUCAUCAGCACAAACGAAUAAUAAUUUAGAUCAACCACGAAUUGAAUCUCAUGUUGAUGAUGAACCAAAUUAUGAGAAUAAUAGUACAUCAUCACCUAGUAUUCAAAAUCCAUUUAGUAGUUUUCAAUCAGCUACUACACAUUCAUCAACAACAUCAUCACAAAUAUAUAAUAAUACAUCUUUGAAUACAAAUGAAUUCCAAUCAUUUUUGAAUAGUGAAAAACUAUUAUGGAAUACCACAGAUAUUGAAGAAAAAAAUAAUCAAAGUCUAUUCAAAAAUAAAACAACAAUGAAUAUUUGUGAACAUAAUUCAUUUGUAACCAAUAAAAAAUAUUCUGUUUAUUUAUCAAACUUUCAAUUACCAAAUAUAAUAUUUGUAGCAACAUUAGAUGAUUGUAUUAAUUCAACAAUACUUAUAACAAAAAUGAAUAAACGUGAUCAACUUUUGAAAACUGACGUGAACUCUUAUAACUCAAAAUUAAUAGUUGGACAAUACUGUGCUGCACUUUUUGAAGGAUACUGGUAUCGAGCACGUAUAUUAGAAAUUAAUAAAAAUCUUGUUCAGGUUCAAUAUAUUGAUAUGGGAAACAUGGCAUGGUGUGAUUCAAUUCUUGAAAUUCAACCAUUGCUGAAUGAAUGUUAUAAAGAUCCUGUUUUAUGCAUUAAAUGCGUUUUGGAUGGUGUACCAACUCAGGAAAAACUAUGUGAUGAACAAACAAAUGCUAUUCUUAAAACAUUUGUCUUCGAUAUUGAACUUGAAAUGACUGUACUACGUUUUGAAAAUAAUCUUCCAUAUGUACAACUUAAUUUAGGUGAACGAAAUUUAAAUAUUGAAAUACAAACAAUAUUAUUACAACCAUCAUCAUUUUCAACAACAAUUCUGAAAAAAUUAAAUCACGAAAUAAUUAGUUUUGAUUCAAAUAAACCAGAAAUGAAUAUAUCUGAAAUUCAUUCUGUACAAUUAAUAGGAAUUGAUACUGAUUUAGAAUGUUUUCAUGUUCUAUUAAUAAAUGAUUAUCUUCUAACAAUAAUGAAUGUACUUAAAGAAUGGAAUGUUAAUAAACAUCUAUUAACUAUUGAACCAAAACCGAAUAUGCUUAUUUGUGCACAAGAUGGAGAUGAUAAUCUAUGGUAUCGAGCAUGGAUUCAAAAUAUUAUAGGAAAUGAUUUUUGUGUAUAUUUUGUUGAUUCUGGUAAUAAAAAAGUUGUUUCAAUUGAUCGUCUUAGUGAUUGUCCAGAAGUUUUACGAAAUAUUCCAUGGCAAAGUAUACAAAUCAAAUUAGCUGAGAUUAACUUAACAGAUGAUGAACGUUAUUUACUUUUAAACAAUUUUGGAGCUGAUCGACUUCAAAUGAAAAUUUUUUCAAAUAACCAAAAUAUUUAUUUUGUUGAAUUAAUCAAAGACGAAAAAUCUCUUUCAACAUAUAUUUUGAAUUUACGUAAAAAGAAAGAAAAGCAAGCACACAAUCCACCGAUAACUAACGAAACACUGAAAAACUUUGAUACAACUCAGCAAUUUGUGGUCCAGGCAGCAGCGCCGCCACCAAUAAUAGUAGCUGAAAAUGCUCAACAUAUAGUUAAACAGAAUGUAAUGAAUCAACAACAACAACAACAAAAUUCAUCAAAAAGCGCUCAAUCAUCCACUCAAAAAAUAUCAAAACUUUUGAAAAAUACUGAUGUUGUUGUUCAAUUUAUGGAUAACAACAUCAGUUAUACAACUAUAGGAUCCGAUUCUAUAUCUUCGUGUUCAUUUAUAUUACUCAUAGGUACUAUACAAGAUAUAGAAUUUUCCUACCUGUCGCAUUAUCCAGAGCCAUAUGAACCACCAUAUACUCCAACCACAACAAUGCUACAAAUUCUAAACAUAAUAUCUAAAAAUAUUAGAGAACAUUUAAUGAAAAAACUCUCAUCAAAUCUUAAGGGAAAAUUAGAAAUUAGUCAUUUUACUAAUUUACAUCUAUUAGUUGGCGGUGGAGCUGUGGAAGAUAAUGAUUUAAUCAGAAACGGUUUAAUCUUAUUAAAUGAUCAAAACAACAUGGAAAAUAUCUUCCACGAUCCACUCGCCAAACAUAUAUACCAACAAUUAAAAAAAAAUGUAACUGUUUUAAAAGCAGUUACAUUUUUGGUCAACAAUAAUGAUGGAAGUGGAGGUAAGUAAAACGCAUUUUUUCAGUGGCGGUGGAGCGUAUUAGCCUGGGUAGGCUCGAUUUUAUUAUUCGUUUCGCAUACGAAGCGGGGAUUCGGGGCGAGGCGAGACGAAGAAAAGUUUUUCAAGUGUCGAAGCGAAGCGAGGCGGAGGUCAGCUUGCAUCUUCGAUAUUUCCUCCACAUCAAAUCUCGUUAAAAAAUACAUAAUACACGGAAGAUCAUGAUUUUUCUUAGCAAUGAAACAAUGUGUUGAAUAUCUCAACAUUUGAAAACUGUUUUCAUACCAACUUAAAAUGUAUCCUUGAUACUAAUUAUAGAAAAUUAAUGACAACUAUUAUAGUCAUCAAGGAA